CAUGGUGACGACUACUGAAACAAGCGUUGGCACCUCGGCGUCAUCAGCGCGCGUGAACAAAACCCUCAAGAAGAUAAACACAGACGAUCUCAAAGCUUCAGAUGUGUGAGGGGCCGUCAUCGAUAUCUGGACCAAUCCCCCCGGAUCCUUCACUGUUUCCUCAGUACUACAACAAACAACCUGCUUCAGCUCGUGGACGUUUAGAGGGGAACCACAAUGGGACGUUGGCUCUGCUCUCAGGGCCUCUUGCUCCAGAUCCUGUGUUGUACCCUGGCUGCUACAGUGCUCGUACCCCAGGACAUCAUUCCCGUAUCGGGCCUAAUGCUGCCCAUAUUCUGGAGCGAGGACGAAGAGGUGUAAUUGGGGAACUCCUCAAACUAGACGGUGUUUCAAUUACCCCUGUUCCCAAACAGAAACAGCGAAUUCAUGACUUUAGUAAAGAGAAUGUACGUCGUCUCCGUGAGAUCCAGAGACGCUGCAAAGAGCAGGAGGCUGAAAGAGCACAGUCUCGUCCAGUUCCAGUCAAAGCUCUCUGGACCUCCUCAAAAUAUGAGAAUGUCCCAUCCAGACUGAUGGUCCAGCUACAGGUGUCAAGUCCAUCUGUUAAACCACAGUGUCAGAAUUUUCUGAAGGCCCACUCUAAAGGUGGAUUGACUACCCCAACAAGACCACGCUCCAAAACGUCUUCUUUAGUUUUGCAACGUGCGGCGUCCUGUAGCUCUGCACGUGACCUGGAUUUGCAAGUGCAAGGUCAGACCAUCGACUUCAUAAAACAUAAUGCCAGAGCUGCAGGAAAAGCUGUGAUUCGUCGGUCUCAGUCACUGACCAACCUAAGAGACAAGCCUGUGCCCAGUGCUGUCAAGGGACAGGUGCCUCAGUAUCUUGAAGAAAGGAAGGAGCAAUGGCGUAAGGAGGAGGAGGAAAGAAGGAGGAACACACCUGAUCCCACAGCCCCAGCUGGUCACACUCUGAUGCCUGAGAGUGAGCGACAGGAGACGCUGAAAUCCCUCAAAGAGACCCAUCGCUCCCUGGUGACUGAGCUGCUGUCACUUCCGCUCAAAGCUGACAAUCUGAGCAUUCGCUCGCGAAGGACUCAGCUUGAUUGUAGGCUUUCUGAAAUCGAGGAGGCCAUUAAGAUAUUCUCAAGGGACAAAGUUUACAUAAAAAUAGAUUCCUAACACACAAGAAGAAGA